AUGUGUAGCAAUAACCCCGGAUGCACUGGCAAUGUGACAACACACGUUACUUCUUGGGCCUAUUGUACCGCAAGGGUUUACGACGCUUCAUCAGCGCGGAAUUAUGUCGGCAUUCGCCCCUCCAGGACUUGUCAAGCAGCUUUUGCGAAAACGUGGUGGGAGGAGUGUGACAGAUUGCUACUACCAUCGGACGAGAAUCGAGUAGAUGCUAACAGCAGGUCAGCUCAGUGCAAGGUCAGAAUGAGCACACAAACUUCCCAUAAGUGCGGCCGUAUGGGCGGAUCUUGA